AAGUUUAUAAGAAGCAGCUCCAAACGCUUUCGGGAUUUCUCAAAUUUCUCAUCUAACGCUAAAACCACAACACCUUCUCUCGCUUCUCAUCUAACUCUUUCGUCAUUGCCGUAAGCAGCCUCAAACAGAAGCACAAUGAUUCUCAAACCCAUUAGCAGGUGCUUUUGGGUGAUUGAAGGUUAACCAGGUUAUACUUUAUUCCCUGAUUAGUCUACGAAGUUUUUAAGGUCAUCUACUACAGUGUUCUCUUGUGUCAUUACCAAAACCAGGGGAUGCUGAAAGAUGUGCUUCAAAGUAAAGAGUUCCUUAUCUGAGGUUAAGGUUGUUGCUCUAUCCGAGCUUACCUUGUUAAUCCUUGCUGAAAUUGGAUGUUUAGCCUGUUGUCAAUAUCUAUUUUGUGAUCAUGUGCGUGAGGUGGCUGGAAAUCUAUCUAGUUGGGUGAUGUCAAAACAUGAUGUUUGCGAAGAUGGUUGAACUUGGAACAUCUUUGGAAUAGUUCCCCACUAUAAUUUAUACUAUUGAUAGCAGUAUUAGUCAAGUACGUAAAUAGUGUUGCCGGAAAUGGAAAAGAAGGGAAGUGUGCUUAUGCAAAGAUAUGAACUAGGGAGAUUAUUAGGCCAAGGAACCUUCGCAAAGGUCUACCAUGCUAGGAACCUUAUAACUGGCAUGAGUGUGGCCAUCAAGGUGAUUGACAAAGAAAAGAUUUUGAAAGUUGGAAUGGUUGAUCAGAUUAAGCGUGAAAUUUCAGUGAUGAGAUUGGUCAGCCAUCCCAAUGUGGUUGAGCUUUACGAGGUAAUGGCUAGUAAAACCAAAAUUUACUUCGUCAUGGAGUAUGUAAAAGGUGGUGAGCUCUUCAACAAAAUAGCCAAAGGAAAGCUCAAGGUGGACGUUGCUAGGAGGUAUUUUCAGCAACUGAUUAGUGCAGUCGACUACUGCCACAGCAGGGGUGUGUGUCAUCGAGAUUUGAAGCCGGAAAAUCUACUGUUGGAUGAAAAUGAAAAUUUGAAGGUUAUAGAUUUUGGGUUGAGUACCCUUGCUGGAUCUAGGUGUCAAGAUGGAUUGCUUCACACAACAUGUGGUACCCCUGCAUAUGUUGCUCCAGAAGUGAUAAACAGAAAGGGUUAUGGUGGAUACAAAGCUGAUAUAUGGUCAUGUGGGGUAAUCUUGUAUGUUCUAUUGGCUGGUUACCUUCCAUUCCAUGAUUCAAAUCUGAUGGAGAUGUACAGGAAAAUUGGUAAAGGAGAGUUUAAAUAUCCUAAAUGGUUUGCCCCAGAAGUUCGUCGCUUAUUGUCCAAAAUACUGGAUCCGAACCCAAAGACCAGGAUAUCGAUGGCCAAGAUUAUGGAAAAUUCUUGGUUUAAAAAGGGGUUAGAGAAGCUUGUUAUUGUUGGGACACAAAACACAGAAAACCCUCCUCUAGAUGCUGAUAGUGUGUUUGAAGUGUCUGAGAAUGGUGUAACUUUUGCAGAGUCAAAGCAAGAAGAGGCAAAGCUUUGUAAUUUAAAUGCUUUUGAGAUCAUCUCCUUCUCAACUGGUCUUGAUUUAUCAGGUUUGUUUGAUGACACAGAUCACAUGAAAGAGACGCGAUUCACGUCUAACAAGCCUGCCUCAGUUAUAAUCUCUAAGCUGGAAGAAGUUUGCAAGAGUCUUUGCUUGAAAGUAAAGAAGAAAGAUGGAGGUUUCUUCAAGUUGGAAAGCUCCAAGGUAGGAAGGAAAGGGAUUUUGGGUAUUGAAGCUCAGAUUUUUGAGAUCACACCAGUUCUCCAUCUAGUGGAAUUGAAGAAGUCAAGUGGAGAUACAGUUGAGUACCAGAAGCUUCUGAAACAAGACAUUAGACCAGCACUUAAGGACAUUGUUUGGACCUGGCAAGGAGAACAACCAAAGCAACCCCAACAUGAAGUAGUGCAAGAAGAGGCUUUAUCAGUACCACAGGAAACUGCAUAAUCAAUAUUAUAAAACUAGGUUGUGUGUUAUGUUCUGUGCUUCAUUUAUUAUCUUGAUCUACUGCUUAAUAUGACAGUAUUGGCUAGUUUACUCUCCUUAUAUCUGUAAGGAUGGAUACUUCUGAAGGCUUGUGUAUACCUAAAUUGCAACUUUGAGCUUUUUUGGGUCUUUUAUCCCAUUCCUUGUGAUCAUUCUCUGCA